GACAAGUUAGCAAAGAACAGUCAAGGUACGAAUAUAAUAAACAUAGUAUGCAAGGGGUUAUCGAACCAAACGAGGUGUAUACGACUUGAAAAAACACAACUACUUGUAGUAGACGGGCAGACUUCUAAUUCGAUAGACAACUGCAAGAACCAAUAUUAAGCAAACCUGAACAGUAGAGUGGAAGUGGAAGAAAACAAGGCACAAAGAACAGAGACAGCCAUGGUGACUGUUGGAACUGUAUGCAAGCGACGCUGUUGGCACCCUAUUUACGGACUUUUCCUCGGUUGUGGCGCUCUGUUCAUCAUAAAAGAAAUUAUACAAUUGCACAAAACGGUAGAGGAAAAAAUCAUUGAAAACGUAGCCAGGCAAACUUUCCCGUUAAGUGAAGCAAAUGGAGGAACGGUGGACGAAGAAGCGGCCAAGUCUCCCGGUGAAAUCCAGCAAACGAGAAUCGAAACAUUGAGAAAAGUAUGCCAAGUUAACAGUUUGAAUAAAGAUCUUGUGAUUUCUGAAUUGUGGAAGGGGUUCUUUUUUGUCGAUCAAGAGCUCAAGGUCGUAUAUUGUGGAGUUCCCAAAGUUGGAUGCACUUUUUUGAAGAGACUCUUUUACGUUCUCUCGGGGAAGAGUCGAUCAAAAAACCCAUAUGAUAUAUCCGCUAAUGCAGCACAUGGUCUGCCGUUGGAAACAUUUCAAACUCAUAAUGACUCUGAGAUCGCUUAUUUUAUUGAGCACUACAAAAAAGUAUUAUUUGUUCGAGAACCCAUUAAACGUUUGAUAUCGGGCUAUAAUGAUAAAAUAAGGGCUAUAAACCCUGGAUACUGGUCGGGGUUAGGGCGACGCAUAAUAAAAACAGUCAGAAGAAAUUACAGCGAAAUUUCUGAAAGGUGUGGACACGAUGUUUCCUUCCAGGAGUUCCUUGAUCAUAGAAUAUAUGAAGAGAUAGGCCAGUCAAAACCUGAUAUGCAUUGGGACACGGUGUACCGCACAUGCCAUCCCUGCAUGAUCAAGUACGACUUCAUUGGUAAGAUGGAAUCGUUCAAUGAUGACGUAAACCUGUUCCUUCAUCAAAUCAAUGCGCGAAAGGAUAUAGUCCUUCAUGAAGACUACACAAGUAAACUUGAUAAUAUUUUGAUAGAGGUUCAAAAUUUCUAUGACAGAGUUAACAAAUCUGCAGAAUGUGGAUUAACAUUUGAGGAAAUCGUCAAACGUUAUUGGGAGGUUUUAUUUCAUAAAAACUUGAUCACCCCGCCAACAACGCUUCCAAACAUACAAAAAACUACAACCAAAGAAGAACUGACAGAAAUUAUGAUAGAUUUGUAUCAUCGACAAAAAGCAACUAAAACAUUGACUAAUAAAUCGUUUGAUGUUCUCAAAUCAGUGUCUAAAGCCACCAUAGCAAAACUUCAAGAUUUUUACAAAUAUGACUUCGAAAUGUUUGGAUACAAUAAAACUGAAAUAUGACUGACUGUUCAUAAUAAUAGGAAAAUUAUUUUAAAGCAACGGGUUGUCAAAAUGAGUUCAUUUAU